CGGCUGAGCCCCGGGCGACAGGUCCCAGGGUCGGUCAGUCGUCGCCUUCGGUGGAGUUCGCUGGCUUUGCCUCGCCACUACAGCCGCCCCGUCGCUGCAGCUGCGCCCCCAGCUUUGGCCCCAGCCCAGCUGUUCUCCCUGCCCUCUUCCCCUUAACCACCCCUCGGUUUCCGCCGUCGGGGCCCCGGGGCCGGGCUGAGAAUGCCUUCGGAGAGCAGAGCUGAGAGCUCGGACCGAGCAGUUGCGCAGAUGGGAGCGGUGGCGGUCUCGGCAGUGGCCACGGGCGUCCCGGCAGGCGGCGACCCCGACCCGGAGGCCCCAUCGGCCUCCCCCGGACGGCACCUGAGUAGGCUGAGCUGGCCGCAGCUGAAGCGACUGGACGCCCUCCUGAGCGAGCCGAUUCCCAUUCACGGGCGCGGCAACUUCCCCACCCUGAGCGUGCAGCCCCGGCAGAUAGUGCAGGUGGUCCGCAACAGCCUGGAGGAGCAAGGACUCUGUGUGCAUAGUGUGCGGCUGCAUGGCUCUGCUGCCAGCCACGUACUGCACCCUGAGAGUGGCCUAGGCUACAAGGACCUGGACCUGGUGUUCCGCGUGGACCUGCACAGUGAGGCGUCCUUCCAGCUGAUCAAGGAGGUGGUGCUGGCCUGUCUGCUGGACUUCCUGCCAGCAGGUGUGAGCCGGGCCAAGAUCACGGCACUGACACUCAAAGAGGCAUAUGUGCAGAAGCUGGUGAAGGUGUGCACGGACACAGACCGCUGGAGCCUCAUCUCACUGUCCAACAAGAGUGGCAAGAACGUGGAGCUCAAGUUUGUGGACUCGGUGAGGCGCCAGUUUGAGUUCAGCAUAGACUCCUUCCAGAUCAGCCUGGACACCCUGCUACUCUUCAGCCAGUGCUCAUCCACGCCCAUGUCUGAAGCCUUCCACCCGACGGUGACAGGUGAGAGUCUGUACGGAGACUUCACUGAGGCCCUGGAGCACCUGCGGCACCGUGUGAUUGCCACACGCAGCCCAGAGGAGAUCCGUGGUGGAGGCCUCCUCAAGUACUGCCACCUGCUAGUGCGGGGCUUCCGGCCUCAGCCCAGCACUGACGCGUGUGCCCUGCAGCGCUACAUGUGCUCCCGCUUCUUCAUCGACUUCCCAGACCUGGGAGAACAGCAACGCACCCUGGAGCGCUACCUGGAGGCCCACUUCAGUGGUGCCGACUCAGCCCGCCGCUACGCCUGCCUGGUGACGCUGCACCGAGUGGUGAAUGAGAGCACCGUGUGCCUCAUGAACCAUGAGCGCCGCCAGACCCUGGACCUCAUUGCCACCCUGGCGCUUCAGGCUCUGGCAGAGCAGGGCCCCGCAGCCACUGCUGCCCUGGCCUGGCGCACACCAGAGGGGCUGGUCCCUGCCACUGUCAGUUACUAUGUGACCCCCGUGCAGCCCCUGCUGGCCCGGGCCCAUGCCUCCUACCCCACCUGGCUGCCUUGUAACUGACUCAGACCCUGGCCAGAAGGGAUGGGGCCUUCCCAGAGUGUCUGGAGGACAUGAUUAGAGGCAGGCAGCUAGCGCCAGGUGGCCCAGGACUGUCCCAGUAUUGACUGGGUCACUGACCCAAUGGACCAGACUCCUCUGAGAUCCCUGAGGACUAAAGGCUAAACUGAGGUUCUGGGCAGGUGGACCGUUCAGUUAUGGCACACACUUUUAGACCAACAGGAUUGCACAGUGCAAGGACUUUUUUUUUUUGAGAGUUCAUUCAGGAAACAUGUUUGGGGAGGUAGCCUCAAUGCCUAUCUUGUGCUGAUAUCUGUGGCCUAAAGUCUUUUGAAUGAGGGCCAACCUAUAGUGAUCUCAGGUCACAGUGGCUAUGAGGGAAUGACUCACUUUGGGUGGAGUUGGACCACUAACAAUGCCUGGUGGUCCAACCUGGCUAAUUGCUGGGAAGAAGGAAACUGAGGUGUGAAGCUGGUAUGCCUGGGUUUGAAGAGUGAUAGGGUUAGCCCAGUCCCGUAACACCCUAGCCAGAACCUCUGAGGUAUGAGGAACCUAGUGGCAGAGGGCACACUCCAUGCUCCUCAAGGGGUACUGCUCCCUCCCUCCUUUGCAGUGAGGAGCCUGUCCACCUGGAAGCUUGUUCUUCGGAAGAUACCAAAGUGGCCACAGUCCAAUCAAUGGGCCAUGACUCAUCUUUUUUUCUUUCCCUCUAGAUUUGUUAUACUUUGUGCACUCUUACCACCUGCCAAUAAAGAUUAUCUACACGGAGCCCCCCCCACACACACACUGUCUCCUGAGAGGACCUUCCAGGGUUGUGGAGCUUGUACUGGGAAGGGGAUGUCUAAGUCCAGGACUUGGUUAAAGCAAGGUCUCUACUUCCCUCAACACCAGCCCUAGCCUGACAGCUGUAUAUGAGGAAUACACGCCAGUGAUUUACAACCUGUACAUUGCUUCAACAAGUCACUUGUUAAAGGGUAAAUAAUUAAACCAAUAAAAAAAGUAAAUAAUUCAGGGUUGGGGGAGAUAGUAUAAUAUGCAAAGAAACUAAGGUUCCAAGAUCCCAGGUUCAAUCUCCUGUACCACCAUAAGCCAGAGCUGUGUAGUACUCUGGGGGGAAAAAAUAGUAAUAAUAAAUAUGUAUGUAUAUAUGCAUGCA